CGCCACGUUUCGCCAGACUUGUUAGUUGUCCACUCGUCAUUAAUUUUAACUUCAUUCAUAUCCGUUUAUCAGGUUAACAGAGCUACAUACUUUAAAAAUGAGUGCUCCAGCACCAACCCCUGCCUACAAAAUCGGAAUAGUGAAGCAGGUGUUGUCUGGAGAUACAGUGGUGAUAAGGAGACAGCCUCAAGGAGGACCUCCACCAGAGAAAGUGAUUGCUCUAUCUGGCAUCACCGCGCCUAAGCUUGCUCGUCAAAAAACAGUUAACAAUGAUUUGGAGACGAAAGAUGAACCCUAUGCAUGGGAGGCGCGCGAAUUUCUUAGAAAGAAACUUGUUGGGAAGGAAGUCAUUUUCACUGCAGAAAAACCACCCAACUCUGCAACUAGAGAGUAUGGCUCUGUGUGGGCUGGCAAAGAUCCUACUAAGGACGAAAACGUGACUGAGAGUCUAUUGGCUGAGGGAUUAGUGAAAGUAAGAGAAGGUGGAAGAAACAUACCACAACUAAAAAGACUGGUAGAGAUUGAAGAUGUUGCUAAGUCACAGGGUAAAGGCAUUUGGGGAUCAGAUCUUCAGGAUCAUGUCCGUGAUAUCAAAUGGAGUGUUGAAAAUCCAAAGCAGUUUGUGAACAAAUUCAAUGGGCAACCUGUGAAAGCUAUCAUUGAAUAUGUGCGUGAUGGCUCUACAGUCAGAUUAUGUCUACUGCCUGACUUCUGUCAAGUCACUUUAAUGUUAUCAGGAAUCAGGUGUCCUGCUGUAAAACAAGAUGGUGAAUCUGAGCCCUAUGCAGAAGAAGCGAGGUUUUUCCUUGAAUCAAAACUUCUUCAAAAGGAUAUUGAAGUAAUCCUUGAAUCAGUCAAUAACAAUAACUUUGUUGGAACUAUACUUCACCCUCAAGGCAACAUUGCAGAGGCCCUUCUCAGACAAGGUUUUGCGAGAUGUGUUGACUGGUCUCUUGCUGUCAUGAAAUCAGGUGCGUCCACAUUGAGAGCAGCAGAGCGAGCAGCUAAAGACUCAAAACUUCGCAUCUGGACCAACUACACGAGUAAUGCGCCAAUGAUUGCUGCCAAGGACAAAGAAUUUACCGCUACUGUUUUAGAGGUCGUUAAUGGCGAUGCUUUAGUCGUGAAAAUGCCCAACAGUACUCAGAAGAAAAUAUUCUUAGCAAGCAUUCGCCCACCUCGUGAAAAGAACAGCCCUGAUGAAGAAGGCAAGCAAUCUCCCAGACCAAAGGGAUUCAAGCCUCUUUAUGAUAUCCCUUGGAUGUUUGAAGCUCGCGAGUUUCUCAGGAAAAAGCUUGUAGGAAAGAAGAUCAAUGUCACUGUUGAUUAUAUCCAGCCAGCUAAGGACAACUUCCCUGAGAAAACUUGCUGCACUGUAGUCGCUGGUGGAGUAAAUAUUGCGGAAGCAGUUGUUGGGAAAGGAUUUGCUACAGUUGUAAGGUACAGGAACGACAAUGACCAGAGAAGUUCACACUAUGACAAACUUCUAGAAGCAGAACUCAAAGCUCAAAAAGCCGGUAUUGGUGUUCACGCCAAGAAAGAUAUUCCCGCACAUCGUAUUCAGGACACAAGUGGUGAUUCAGCUAAGGCAAAGAAAUUCUUCCCAUUCCUGAAAAGAGCGCAAAAGACAGAGGCAACCGUAGAAUUUGUAGCUAGCGGCUCACGUAUGCGACUAUAUAUUCCUAAGGAGUCUGUUCUUGUUACAUUUUUACUAGCAGGCAUUAACUGUCCAAGGGGUGCUCGCCCUGCUGUUGGUGGCGGUGGUGGAAUGCAAGAUGCUGAACCCUUUGGUGAAGAAGCCCUGCAAUUUACGAAAGAAAGAUGUCUACAACAUGACGUUAUUGUCACAAUUGAAGAGAUGGACAAAGCAGGCAACUUCAUUGGUUGGCUCUGGAUUGACAAUGAGAACCUAUCCGUAUCACUGGUGGAACAUGGUUUGGCUUCUAUGCACCACACGGCGGAGACGUCGGAAUUUGCACGCCCUAUUAAGAAUGCCGAAGAGAAUGCUAUCAAAAAACGUCUGGGCAUCUGGAGAGACUAUGUCGAAGUAGAGAAGGAGUCUGAAAAGGAAAGAAAUGCACCUGUUCAGGACCGCGUUAUCAAAUACGAUAAGGUAGUUAUUACCGAAAUUACACCUGAGGGCAACUUCUAUGCUCAAAAUGUUGACUUGGGCACAAAGCUAGAGAGCCUUAUGGAUAAAAUUUACCAGGAGUUUAAAACCAACGCGCCACUACCGGGUUCUUAUGCGCCCAGACGUGGAAAUAUUUGUGCAGCCCGCUUCACAUUGGACGACCAGUGGUACAGAGCCAAAGUAGAAAAGGUGACUGAUGACAAGAAAGCCCACAUCUUGUACAUUGAUUAUGGAAACCGUGAGGUCGUAAGCACCACGAGGUUGGCUCCGCUGCCCGCCGGCACGGAGACGGAGCCGGCGUACGCGAACGAGUAUUCGCUGGUGUGCGUCAAGUUCCCCGCGGACCCGGACGACCGGUCUGAGGCGGUGGCCGCCUUCUCCACGGACACCCUCAACAAGAAGCUGUUGCUCAACGUGGAGACGCGCGGCGCCCCGCCCGGCGUCACGCUCGUCGACCUCACCACCAAUAUCGAUAUCGGCAAGAACCUGAUAAAAGAGGGUCUAGUGCUAAUGGAGAGCUUGCGCGACCACCGCCUCAGCGGGCUGGUGAGCGAGUACCGCGCAGCGCAGGAGCACGCCAAGAGCUCGCGGCUCAACCUGUGGCGGCACGGCGACAUCACUGACGAUGACGCCGCCGAGUUCGGCGCGCGCCGCUAGCACCGACACCGCCCGCUCCCCCUCCCGCUGGCCCAGCGCCAUCGCCCGCGCCCGCGCCCGCGCCCUCGACCCCGGCCCUGGUACGACGCCACCGCAUUGCCGUCGCACACGCUCAACUGUGCCACCUGCACAGCACCACACAUGGAAACCAUCAUAUACGCUAUCAUCUACGACUUUCUGUGAAGGCAACAAAGACA